GUUUAGCGGACGAGUCGAACGCUCCAUGUGGCUGGGUAGUGUGGGAAAGCAUCAGCAUGGAAAUGUUGAAGAUAGAGCAAGUCAUUGUUGGGAGUGAGAUGAGAUCCACCUCAGCGGAGAUCAAGUCUGAGCCUGUGGUCACCCCUCUGCAGGCCUAUCAGCAUGAGAGUCUACAAUGUUUUCAGUGCUUCAUCACCUUCUCUGACACCAAAGCCAAGGAGAGACACAUGAGGAAGAGUCAUAGAGACCAGUACAAAAAGCAGCUGCAACAGACUGAUACAGUCUUUACUUGUUACAAGUGUGACAAGUGCUUCUCUGCCUCUGAGGACCUCAGCGAGCACCAGGCCUCCCACAGCACAGAGGAGAAGCCCUUCCGCUGCCCUUACUGUCGGAAAAGCUUCUUUACCUUCACUGAGCUGAACAAACACAGACGACAUGAAUGCAUAGAACGACGGUGUCCCUGUAGGGACUGUGGCGCCUUGUUCCCCAGUCCUUCACGACUUCGCAGCCAUCGCAUUGCAGUGCACCCCCAGCGGCCUGUAGUGGCUGAUGACAUCAACACCUACCAAUGCUGCAAAUGUGGUAGUGGUUUCCAGACAGAAGAAGAGCUCCUGCAGCACCAGGAGAGAUUCGCUAGUGAUAUAAACUGUGAAAUUAAGCUGCAAGGGAAAAAACGCGGCAGAAAACCCAAGUAUGAAGCUCAAGGAGGGAUCGUUGACUGCAAGAAGAUCAAACAUGAAGCGGAAGCAGGGGGAUGCAAAGGAUAUGAUGACUCUCUGACAGAGGGAUGCCCCUCCAAUGAGCUGCAACCAGAGCUUAAGAUCCCUUGUCCCGAAGCAAAUUGUGACCUCAUAUUCCCUUCUGUUGCAGCCCUGCGGGCACACAAGAAGGAGGCACAUGGGCUUCCCCCUCGCAAGGUUCAUGCCUGCACAGAUUGUAAUGAGAGCUAUGCUCGGCCUGAUCAGCUCAGAGCACACAUGGCCAGGGCUCACCGCUCUGGAUACACCUGCCCCACCUGUGGAAAGAGCUUUGCUCGAGAGAGUGUCCUAAAGGUCCACCAGAACACCCACACUGAGGGAGAGAAUGUAGCAGAAAAAAGAUAAUAUAUGGGGAAAAGACUGCAACUUCACCCUCCCAAAUGAUUGUCAGAGUAUUUCUUACCAUAUUCUGUUGAGUGUCGGAAGAAGAUAUUUUAGGGUGAGAGCUUUUGAAACAAGGUUAUGCAACACAGUUGGAUUAAGAAGGUUGUUUCUGGAGUGUUGUUUUUAAUUGCUGUUAGAAGGACAACCUACUCUUGUAAAUAAAUCUCUGUACAUAAUUUGGAUUUAUGUCAAAUCGUCAUCACAAGGCCCUUUUUGCUGCCCAUAUUACCUCUGUUGUACCUGAAAUGUUUUAUAUUCACUGUAGAGAAACUAGCUAAUUCUCCCUCAAGUGUGGGAGUGUUUUGUAUUUAACUGUAUUAUUUUAUUUUCAGAAAAAGUCUUAAGUCUAAGGUGACAAUUAUACGGAGAAUGUACAGUCAGUCCUAAACAUAAUGAAAUCCAAAAUCUGAUAAAUGGGCCAGUGUAUAGGAUUCUGUACUAUGAGACUUGAUGUAAUCUCUGGGUC